AUUAACACACACACACACACACACACACACACACACACACACACACACACACACACACAGACACACACACUCUGACUGUAAAUGACUCAGUGUGAUUCCUCUCAGACUGAAUCCACAGCUGUUGGAUGUUUCUGACUCAUGUUCAUAAACUCUAGUUGGAUCAUGGUCGACACAGAAGAAGAAGGAGAAGAAGAAGGAGAAGAAGAAGAUCAGAAUCAGAAAACUUUAUUAAUCCUUAGAGGAAAUAGUUCUGCUGCUGUUGCUCCAUAAUGUGACAGUUUCCAAGGAGUCAAAUACAAACAGGACGAAGUAGAGAAAAAUAUAUUAGAUGUAAGAUGCAAAAAAAAAACAAGAUUGCACAAGUAAAGUAAAGGAAGAGGAAGAGGAAGAGGAAGAAGACCUGUCGUCUUUCUGUCCUGGCUCAGUCUCAGCUGAUUAAAACAUGAACAUGAACACAACACGUCUGGUUCUUUCGUUUCUGUGGUAGAGACCCUUAAAGCAUCGGUUUCCAUGGUAACCCUGUGUCUUUCAGACAUGCUGCCUCAGACCCGUCUGGGCAAACGUUCUCCUCUGGGGGCGCUGGUCGGGGUCAGAGGUCAUCCUGGACUGAAGGUGUUCUUACCGUGUGGACGAGCAGGUGAAUGUUCAGGUACGACGGAGCUCAUCGAUCAGAGCGACGCCUCCCUCUGGCCUCCGUCCUCCUCCUCCUCCUCCAGAUCUGUCUCCGCCUCCAUCGAUGUCCCCAGAAGCCAGAGGAGUCCUCAGGAGGUGGACAUGGACGAGCUCAUGGCGGCCAUGGUCCUCAGCAGCCUGUCCUGCAGCCCGCUGCAGCGAGGCCCCGCCCACCAGGAGGCAGCAGCUCCUCUGAUGGACGGUGGCGGCGGCGGUGACUUCUCUGACAGCGGCUACUGGAGCGUUGGCCACGCCCACGGAAGCCCCGCCCCCUCUCCAACGAUCGCAGAGUCUGACACCAGUCCGGCCACGCCCCCUGACGAGGGCCUGGACAUGGAGCCGGCUCCACGGAGACGCAGGAACUCGGUGAAGGUGGCCUUCAGGUGCCUGUGGCCGAGCUGUGGGAAGGAGCUCACAUCAGUGGUGGGAAUCAAACGUCACAUCAGGACGACGCACCUGUGCCGUGGUGGAGAACAUGAGCGAUGCUCUCGCAGCGAGGAGGAUUUUUACUACACUGAGAUCAACCAAUGGGAUGAGCAGCUGCAACAGUCUCCGCCCACAUCUCUCCUUUGUGACCCCACCCCUUCCUCCCCCCCAUCUCCAACCUGUGGCGCUUUGAGUCGCUCCGCCCCCUCCAGCUUCUGGCAGGUCCAAUCAGAGCACUCGUACCAGGCUCCACCUCCAAGUCACAUGGUGUCGGCAGCAGCUCUGACCACGCCCCCUUGCCGUUGGACGGCCCCUCCCACUACCUGCCACAGACAGACGUUGUCGUUCCGGGUGCGUUCAGUGAGCGUUGGUGAACAGUGGCUGCAGCAUCAGAGCGCCCCCUGCAGGAGGAGUCGGGGCGAGGCCAAGAAGUGUCGUAAAGUUUACGGCGUGGAGCUCAGGGACCAGUGGUGCACGGCCUGCCGCUGGAAGAAAGCCUGCCAACGCUUCCUGGACUGAGCGCCCCCUGCUGGACGCGUGUCCUCCCUUCAGCCCGGAACAACGUUUCAUUCGUUGUGUUUCCUGAACAGAUUUGGCAGCUUUGAAGCAGCGUUCACGUCCAACGACUCGCUGCUCAGCUGCCACUUUAUUAGGAACAAGCCGCGCAGAGAAAUCAGUGUCAUUUAAUACGUCACGAUAACAUAUCAAGAAUUAUUCCUGCAUCAUUUCUUUGAAGCAACAGUCAAAACCUUUGAGAUCGAAUCGUUCUAUUUUUGUGAAAUAUUUUGUGACUUUUUUUUUUUUUUAUCCGCUGAUCAUGUUUUUUUCUCGGUGCUCCACAUGUUAUAUAAAUAUCUCAGUUACUACUUAAUGAUACUGGAUUCACAGAGUUACACGCAGACAGUUUUUAUUUCGUCAUGAGUUCAGACAACGAAGCUGAAAUAUUAGCAUCAUAAAAACGAGACGGAAAACGUGUUGUGAUCUGACGAACGACUAAAAAGUUUAAAUAAUCAGCUGCAACAAGAAAUGAAGUAGAACCAACAAAGUGCCUGUAACUAGCUCAAGGGAUUACAGUUCACUACGGCUAACAUUAGCACGGUAGCUACCUGCUAAUGUUAGCCCCCUGUUAGCAUUAAUGACUAAAAAGUUGCCUAAAAUAGUGGAAAAAUUACAUUCAGUAAUUAAAUGCUAACAAAGUGCCUGUGGAUCAUUUUAGCACCAUAGCUACCAGCUGAUGUUAGCCAUGUUUUAGCAUGUUACUGUAAUUUGCACCAGCAUUUUGCUAUUUUUAUUUUUUGCUAAAGAGAAACCUUGAAAUAAACCAAAGGUCAUGAAUGUUCACUCUGAUGUAAACAGUGGCUAUGCUAGCUAGCUAAUAAUUAACAUAGCUAGCUAGCUAAUACUUAACAUAGCUAGCUAGCUAAUAAUUAACAUAGCUAGCUAGCUAAUACUUAACAUAGCUAGCUAGCUAAUACUUAACAUAGCUAGCUAGCUAAUAAUUAACACAGCUAGCUAGCUAAUGCUAUCCAGGUGUAACUCAGAGUCUUUCUCCUGAAUUCGAUGACGUGUUUGCAUGUUGUGUUUUUAUUAACCUGGAAACUGUUUUUCUAUGAAUCUUCUUUUUGUACCUGAUGUUUUAAUUAAAGCAGAAAGAAACGA